GUCCCAGCGGUAGCAGGGAGCCCCGGGGCCGGACUGGCGCGGCCGAUCCCGGGAACGAAUGUCCCCGCACGGUACGGUACGGCCACCGCCCCGGGACUACAGCUCCCAGCAGGCAAUGCGCGAGGAGGCCCCGGCGGCGGAAGCGCCGGGCGGAGCAGGGCCGGGGGCGCGGGGGCCAUGGCGGGCCGCGGCUCCGCGUCCUCCGAGCACCUGGAGCGUCUGCACGAGAUCUUCCGCGGGCUGCACGGAGACCUGCGGGGCGUCCCCGAGCGGCUGCGGGGCAGCGCGGCCGAGGAAAAGAAAAAACUGGUUCGAGAAUUUGAYGAGAAGCAGCGUGAAGCCAAUGAGACGCUACAAGAAAUGGAGGAAGAACUGAAAUACGCUCCUGUGCCUUUCCGCAACCAAAUGAUGAGCAARAUUCGAGCAUACAGAAGAGACCUGUCCAUGUUCCAGAGAGAGAUGAGAAGCACAGAUCUGGGAUUGGGUCGUGGAAAUCAAGGCGAUACAAAAUAUGGAAUCUUYGCCACAGAGAAUGAACAGAGUACUAAUCUGCAGUCACAGAGGGUGCUGCUUCUCCAGGGCACGGACAGCCUGAACCGAGCCAGUGAGAGCAUUGAGCGCUCACACCGAAUCGCUGCUGAGACCGAUCAGAUUGGCACAGAYAUCAUUGAAGAGCUCGGGGAGCAGCGGGAGCAACUGGAACGCACCAAGAGCAGAYUGGUGAAUACAAGUGAGAAUUUGAGCAAGAGUCGCAAGAUUCUACGUUCAAUGUCCAGGAGAGUAACCACUAAUAAGUUGUUGCUGUCAAUUAUCAUCAUCCUGGAACUGGCUAUCCUAGGAGGUGUGGUCUACUACAAGUUCUUUCGCAAGAAAUGAACCUUCCUGACCAAGAUGAGCUUUUCCACUGAUGAGGAACAGGAUGGGCUGUCUGCUCUCUUUGACUGUCUGAGAGUUGAACUGAGUCACGAGACAGCACAYUCAACUGAAACUGUAGUGACAUUUGAAAGACAGAGAAUGAGAGUAAAAAGAAACAGACUUGAACUACUGGUAAGAUUAAUAAGAAGGUAAUAAAUAUUUUAUUGUCUCAUUUUGUAUAUACUUAACUAAAUGAAUAAAUCUUGGUAUGUAAUAAAGUAGCCGCUGAUCAAUGGAAAAACUAGUUUAUUUAAAAAUUGAGAAGUUAACAGUAUUUGCCAAGUGUUGACAAUCUAUCAACUCAAGUGCCUCAGCAGAGCUCUGUAAUGUCCAGUAUACCCAAGGCUUUGGGUCCUUAAAUCCUCACUUGCUCUUCACUGUCAGAUUCAUCUGGAGAGCUGGGUGUUGGGAGUUCAUCAAAAGCGAUGUGUGCCCCUUCUCUUGUCUGCCCAAAGCACGUUGCUAUCACGUCGACUGCAAGGUGAGCAGUUGCUUUCACUGCCUCUUGAGAAGCUCCAAGCAGUGGAUUGACUUCAACCAUAUCUACAGCUGAAAGCAUUCCUGUGAAAAUGAUUUACAGCUUUGUUACUCUGACAAAGGGUACAGUCUUCAGCAAGGUUCUGUUUUCAGCCUUUUAUUCAUUGCCUCAAGUCUGGUAUUUGGGUUUGUGACCUACUCUACUCCUUAGACAAGUAAGAUUGGCUCUCGARUUAGGGAUGAGAUUACUGUUCUCAGAUGCAUAUUCAUGUAUUUAAUUUGGUUCUUUCUUACAUGAUCRCUACCUCACUCAUUCAUGCUUUCAGCAUUCAGGAAAAAUGUUUGAUGUUCCAUACACACUAAUGAGAGAAGUGUUUUUUAAGCCCAGUCCAAAUAUGAGGGGAUAUAAAAUAGCCUCACCUCAUAUUUUUCUGCCAUCUUAUUCAUGAUUCUGUUUGACUGUUGUCUGGUUGGGAUUUUUUUUACCUUCUUUUACUCUAAUGUUUAAACACAUUAAAUAAAAACUCAAUGGUGUAAAAUGAAAAGUCCUCAUAUAUUGAGUCAACUGYAGUAUAUUUUGUGAAAGCUUGAUUUGUUAGCCUUGAAUCCUAGAAUGGAACUUCAAACUAUUUACAAUUGUUUGCACCCAUUUUUGUAUUCCAGAUGCCCAUUUUUACAUCUCACCUCAUGUGUUUAGGAUUAGGGAACAGUAUUACUCAUUUUGACAYUAGUUGUUAACACAUUGUAUUUUAUUUUCUUUUUCUAAGUUGAAGUUGUUGAUGGUUAAGUUGCUUGCAACACCAAGGGACUUGCCCAACCAUAGGACUUCUUUUUCCCUUUCUGAAGGUUGAAUUGACUUUGCAGGCACCUUUGUUUUGACUACACUUACUAUCUAUUUGCACAGGAAAAACAUAACCACUAUGAGCUCUGUGUAGUUUGUCAUGUCUUUGCUUAGCCCUGUACUGCUGGUCAGCUCUUACCUGUGUUGUGUAUUUCCUCUGUGAUGUACAUGCCUUCUCUGUACGUUAAUCCUCCUAGAACAGGAGUCCCCGUUGCUGGAGCCAGUGAGGGAUCAAAAGCAUCAAUGUCAAAACUCAGAUGAAUUGGUCUCUGUCUCCUGAGA